CAUGGCCUGCCUGGCCCACCUCAGAGCCAGCCCCCAUGCAGAAACUCCCCAAUGGCCUGCCUGGGCCCUUUGGAGCUCCCCUCCAUGCAAAUGCCCCACCAUGGCCCCUCGGAGCUCCGCUCCAUGAA